CACGAUCAAUCGGCCGAGAUGUCACAACGCCAAUACAUAACGAAAUGGUUCUGGUACAUCCUAGCACUAUCGGCUGGUCCACUAUGGGCCCCGGUUAGAGGCGUCACACUGAAGUCACCACCAAGUAAUCCCAGCACAGUUCAGGCACAAGCCAAGUUCUUUCAGGAUUUUUUCUCAGUACAGUUGAGUCCGUACAAGAUAGAAUUUGGUCACGUUUGCGAGGACCCCAACACGUGGGAGCAGCGGUACGAGAAGAAAGACUUUAAGAACCACAGGGACAUGGGAAAAGUAAGAUGGGGCGAUAAAAAAGGUGGAUAUGGAGAGCAUUAUUGGGAUUUAAAUCAUGCAGGGCAUACUGGGAAUCAUGGAAAUGAUGGAUAUAGUAGUGACCAUGAUGAACAUCCCUACCAUGAUAGUUCAAAUGAUCCAUACGAUGAGCCAAGUGAACAUUCUACGUCGUAUAGUACUGACGAGUAUGACCCUGAAAAAUCAAGCUACGAAGAAAACGGAAGAGCAAAGAGAGCACAUACUAGAUCUAAAUCGGAGAAUAGGAAAUCACAGAAAGAAUAUUAUGAAGAUGAACAAGAACAAGCAAAACCUAGAAAACUCAAUCGUAAAAAAGCUGAACAAUUAGAAAUAGCUCCAUCCCAUAAAGUGGAGGAAUAUUCUGACGAAGAUCAAGAUAAGGUUGAGGUUGUAAAGAAAACACCAAAGAGACGCUCACAAAACAACCAAGCGCAGCAAGAACAAUACCAGGAACCAAAAGAAGAAAAGAAUCAAAUCGUUUUGGUGGUGAAAGAAAAUGAUAACAGUGAAAAUGAGGAGCAAACAAAUCAACAGAUAAGAAGUACACAGCAAGACGUAAAUCAAUACGUUCCUUACGAAGGUGGUGCCGGAGUGAGACAACAUCGCCAACCUGACUUGAAUACUGCAGCAGUAGCACCAAGAUUAUUCUUGGAGCACGCCACUGGACGCGUCGUGGAUAGAGCUACGGGCCAGGCAUAUAUACUGCAGCCAAUUUUAAAUAAUUACCAGUAGACAUUUAAUUUUGUUAAUUUAAAUAGUUAUUUAUUUUGUAAUUAAAAGUACUGUUU